GGGAAGGCGGGAGAAUGGAGUAUAGGGGAUGAAGCUCCGUAGGGGUGGCGCGACGUCGGUUGUCAGGGCGCCGUAGCCGGCUAUUAUGGGAUGCGGCGGCGUCGGAAUGGCGCUCGGCGCGUGAUUUUGAACCGACACGGAGCCUGCCGCCGGGCUCGGCUGCUGUUGUGGCGAGCCGGCCGCGCGCGGGAGCGAGCCCUGGCCAGGCGCGCGCCGGCGGGGCGGACGGAGAGCGAGGGGGAGAAGCGAGCGCCGCCCCCGCGAGGCCUCCGCAGCUUCAGCAGAUGGUGCUGCACGAUGAUGGUUUUGGAGAUAUGUUGAUGUGGAGCAGGAUUUAAAAGAAAUUCAGUGACUUCUGUUGAGCCUACCGUCAACAUCUGCAAAAUGGAGGUUGUGUCAGCAGAAGUGAACAGCUUACUCCCUGAGGAGAUCAUGGACACAGGUAUAGCAUUGGAGGAAGAUGAGAACAUCGAGGCUGUAAUUGUGGGUGACUCUAUUCCUAUGGAAACGGAACUGGAGGGAAUGGCAAAUGUAAGCUCUGCUGAUGAUCAUACUACUACUGGCACAUCAUCAGUCACUACAGAAUCUGUCACAUUGCCCAGCAAUUGUGUGACCCAUGUUACUGGCAAUCCUGCCUUUGUAAAAUCUGAUGCUGGUGUGACUGCACAACCUUCUUUUCAAAGUGGCCUCCAAAAACUUGGUACCCAGACUCCUGUCUCUCUAUCAGCCAAUCAGAUUAUUCUUAACAAGGCAACUGACUUGAAAAUUGGUAAACAGACCAUAAAGCAGGAAGGUCAAAAACUCAUAGUAACAACUCUGGGCAAGCCUGGACAACCAAUUGUCUUAGCGCUACCCCACAACCAGCUGUCACAGACUCAGAAGACCACAUCACAAGUACAAGCAAGUGACUCCAAGGUUUCAGCACAGCAAUUCAAGGUGGUCACAAUUGGAGGAAGGCCAGAGGUGAAACCCGUCAUUGGUGUAUCUACCUUGACUCCAGGGUGCCAACUGGUAAAUACUGCAACCCAGUCAUCUGUACUGCAGACCCAGCAAUUAAAAGCAGUGCAGAUUGCGAAGAAAACCAGGACACCAACCUCAGCCCCAGUGAUAACGAAACUGAUCAUCACAAAACCAAUCAAUAGCAAAGCAGUUACAGGGCAGACAACUCAAGUAUCCCCAGUCAUUGCAGGUAGAGUUCUUACACAGACAGCUCCAGGGACACCUCCAAAAACUGUAACUAUAUCAGAAAGUGGAGUUAUUGGGACAACAUUAAGUUCUACAAUGCAGGAGGCACCAAAUAAGAUAGCUAUCUCUCCUUUGAAAUCCCCUAACAAGCAGCUAACCGUGGUGUCGGUCGCCUCGCAGCCUCCAAGCUCCCCACAGAAAACAGUUGGUGUUCCUCUAAAUGUAGCCCUGGGACAGCAGAUUCUCACAGUGCAGCAUUCAACACCCUCUUCCCCAGGAAAAGCUGUAGCUAACAAUACAACUGCUCAGGCUGUGAAAUCUGCAGUACAGACCCUCGCUGUUGGGGGAAUGAGUACUUCUCAAUUUAAGACGAUAAUUCCCUUGGCAACGGCACCCAAUGUUCAGCAAAUUCAGGUACCUGGAAGCAAAUUCCAUUAUGUCCGGCUUGUAACUGCCACAACUGCCAAUAGCACAGCACAACCAGCCAAUCAGAAUCCCAGCACCAGCACUGCACCCCUCCAGCAAGCAAAGCCAGUGGUGGUGAAUGCAACCCCCGUACGGAUGUCUGUCCCAAUUAUUCCAGCAACGCAGACAGUCAAACAAGUGGCACCCAAACCAAUGAACACAACUUCACAGAUAGUUACCACAAGCCAGCCACAGCAAAGACUUAUUAUGCCUGCCACACCACUGCCACAAAUCCAACCCAACCUCACCAACCUUCCCCCUGGCACUGUCCUAGCCCCUGCUCCUGGCACAGGAAAUGUGGGAUAUGCCUUUCUCCCAGCUCAAUAUGUUACACAGCUACAGCAGCCAUCCUGUGUCUCCAUAGCAAGCAGUACUAGUCUUAGUGGGACAUCCAGUAUCCAGACCCAAGCCCGACUUCCAUUCAAUGGGAUAAUCUCCUCUGAAUCUGCAAAUCGUCCAAGAAAGCCUUGCAACUGUACAAAAUCACUGUGUCUUAAACUAUACUGUGAUUGCUUUGCAAAUGGGGAGUUCUGCAACAACUGCAACUGUACAAAUUGCUAUAACAACCUGGACCAUGAAAAUGAUAGGCAAAAAGCAAUCAAGGCCUGCCUGGACAGAAAUCCUGAAGCCUUUAAGCCUAAAAUAGGGAAGGGAAAGGAAGGCGAGUCGGACAGGCGGCACAGCAAAGGUUGUAACUGCAAAAGGUCUGGGUGCCUCAAAAAUUACUGCGAAUGCUAUGAGGCAAAGAUCAUGUGUUCUUCAAUCUGCAAAUGUAUCGGCUGCAAGAAUUUUGAAGAAAGCCCAGAACGGAAAACGCUGAUGCAUUUGGCUGAUGCUGCUGAAGUGCGAGUCCAACAGCAGACAGCUGCAAAGACAAAACUAUCUUCACAGAUUUCAGAUCUCCUAACGAGGCCAGCCCCAGUGCUGACAAGUGGAGGGGGAAGGUUGCCCUUUACAUUUGUAACAAAGGAGGUUGCUGAUGCGACAUGUGACUGUUUACUUGCACAGGCUGAACAGGCCGAGAAAGCAGGAAAAUCAAAAGCAGUAGCAGAACGGAUGAUUCUAGAGGAAUUUGGACGUUGUCUAAUGAGAAUCAUUAACUCGGCAGGAAAGUCCAAAAGUGAUCCUUGUGCCAUGAACUGCUGAUUCUUGAAAAUGGGCUUUACUCUAACCGGGACACUAAAAGGCACACGGACACUUUCUGGUUCACAGCAGCAUUCUUCGUUCGUUAACUGGUGCUGUGAAGUUUCCACUGGUGUAUGUUAAUAUAGAAACUUUGUAAUGAUGCUUAUCCUUUUAGCUUAACUUUCUUUUACUUCACAAAGACAGUAUGUAUUUUAUUCUCAACCUCUAAACAACAUGGGACAGUGCGAAGUUUAGAUGGUUUCCUUCCCUUUGUUCUCUUUAAAAGGGUGUUAUUGAAGCAAUUCUUUAAAUUAUUAUUUGCAAUUGAUACUUUUGACUGUUGCAUUUAGGAGGAGGAGAAAGAAACUAGCCAGUGUAUCAGGAGCAACUCUUGUGCAAAUCUAAUUGAAAUGCCUGGGUGUUCUUAUAAGAACAAUAUCGGUAUAGUGGAUAGAUUUUUCCAGUCCAUUCAAUCAGCAUCAUAACGCAGAUUUUAUUUGCAUCAAUAUAGGCAGUGGUACAUCUGUGGAUGAGUUAAUGCUAACUGGAAAUCAUUAAAAUAAAUACUUGCUGAAAAACAACUGAGAAAGAAAUGCAAAUUUAACAGUUGUCUUGUUGACCACAGUCUGAUUUCAGUGACAGUGCCUUGUCUGUUGAUCUUAAAAUAUUAACACCAUAGCAGUGAUAGCUGCAGAUAUAUAACAUUGAUACACAAAAAUCAAGGUCAUAAUUGAUAUCUUAGAUUAAUCAUUUUGAUAUGUUUUUAAAAAUAUAUCACUGUAAUAUAUAUUCCAAAUUUUAAUGACAUUUUCAUGUCUUUGGCUUUCAAGGUGAUCGAUAUUUUAUUUGACAAACGUCAGUGUAAUUAGAUUUUUAACAUUUCUGCUAUAUGCCCUUUGGCAAAAUGAGGACAAACCUGUCUCUUGUUUAUCUAGAAUCUAGCUAUUGUUAUCCAGUCAACUGUUGAGUUUCCCAGGUCCUUGAAAUACUCCAGUAGACGAAUAAAAAAAAAACAACUUAAUUAAUUUAAGCUUAAUUUAUAUUUGUAGUGUCUAAGCUUUACUCAUACUGAAGCCAGGAAUAUGUGGAAAUAAAUCCACGAUCAUGCCCAUAUUUGUUGAUAUAAGCAAUACUGGGGAUAUUUGUAAUCUAAAGAGCACUUGGCAGUACUUCUUCUUUAAUGCUAAGGGGGUCACAGGAUAAUCUUUAGUUUAGCCUUCCCCAAACCUGGGUUUCUUCCCAAUGUGUGGACUUCAACUCACAAAAUUCCCCAUCACUGAGAAUUCCAGAAACCCAUAUGUCUGGAAGUGCCAAAACUGGAGGCUACCUUAAGUCACAUAAAAUGGCCAAUAUUGUUAUUUUACUAUCUGGGAUUCCAAGACAAGCAAACCCUAGCAAUUCUUUUGGGUCUCUUGAGUUUCUCAACUUUGCCUCCACUCCAGAUUAUACAUGGUGAAAUUGCUGUUGAAAAGAGGAUCUUAAAUGGGAAGGAAGAAGUCAGUAUGUUUCCCAAUGUCUUACGGUCCUCCUCCGUUGUCAGUGAAUUACUUAGACGUAGCUAAUCUGCUGCCAUUAUAAAAGCUGUGUGGGUUUGUUUUAAAUUGUGCACAGUGCAGUGUGGAGGGUGCAUUUUUUGAAGGCUGAGGUGACUUUUUUUUUUUAACUGUAUGAUUGUCAUUUACAGGUUUCAGUAGGAUGAACACUGUGGCCACCAUGCAAUAAUGGUACACUUUGUACUUACCUAUGUCCGUGACCUUUCACGCACCUACUUCAGUCUGUUGGGCUAUGGUUGAAGUGGAUAAGACAGUGGAAGUUUUGUUCAGAGAGCCGCAUCUGCCUGUGCAGCAAGGUAGAUCCAUCCCAUGAAAAUGCGUAUUUCAACUGAAGAGGGAGGGGAGGGUAUUGAGGUGGUGAGUCUCUUCUUCUUCAGCAAAGAGCAAGCAUUAGUCCCAGUAAGUAUUCAACUGAGAUGUUCUUUUAGCAGUGUUCAAACCUAUUUCAAGCUGUAUGUAUUCCUUUUGUUCUUGUAUCUGCUUAGUUUAUAUUUGAAAGAUAUAUUUUAAAAGUACACUCUUAGGACUUUUGUCUUAGGACAAAAACUUAAGAGAUUUCCUUGGGAAAAGGAAAAAAGAGUGGAAUAACAUUAUUUGGAUGGAACUGCUUAGAGGAAAGAAUCUUUGUAAUAAAUAUUAUUAAAAUGCAAAACACAACUGCAUGCUUUUUAGUGCAGAAAUUGUUAAAUGAAUUUGUGAAUAUCUAAGUUCCAUGUUUGAAUUAGCAAGCACCUGCUAGAUAAUGUAGCCUGCUCUGUAAUUAUAGUGCUGCAAUUUUUUUUAAAUGGUUGUUUUCUCCAUAUAACUGUGGGUGUGUAUAGAUACAUGUAUACACACAAACAAGCAUUCUAUUAUAUUACGAUAUGUAUGUACAUAGCAGACUCGCUUAUAUGUACACACAACCCUGAAAGGGAAGCUCUUUAUUUCAAUAUAAUUGUUUUACAAAUAGAAUUAUUUUUUUGUGGGCGGGAGUCUAUGUUAACUUUCUGAGUAGAUGAAAACUUGCCUUUUUACUAAUUUCAUAAAUGUUCAUACAACAAGAUUUGUAUAAAUGUAAACUAGUGUAAGUGGGUAAAGUAAAACUUGAUCAAGUUAUUUUUCAAACAUAUAUUGUUUUGUCUAGAAUUACAUUUGUUUUAUUUUGUACAUAUUCUGUGUCUUAUUUUAACUUGCACCUUUUUUGUGAUGUGUAUUUAUAAGUGUGCAGAAAACCUUCUGUGAAGUUUGGAUUCUGGUUGUAGAUUAUGUAUGAUGGAAUUGUGUGUAAAAGAUUUGAAGAAGGUGCAAUCAAAGAAAACUAGUUUUUUUGUCUCAUAAAACAAGCUGUCUCUUCUACAUAGCUUGGGUCUUCUCCCCUUUGAAUUUUUCAACUUGAUCAUUUGCAUGAAAGUGCUGACAAGUUAGUAAAAUACAUCAAGAUUUUGAGAGCAGCUUAUCAAGUUAUGCCUGCAUUGCGAUCCUGUCUGUCAGCUGAGAUUCUGCAGUGUUUCUGUCAAAGCCAGAUGAUGAUUAGGAGCUGCCCAGCCAGAGUGCUUUUAUAUUGCAUCCCUUAUCAGCAGAUUUUGAGAUGGGGGAGGGUAUUCGGGAAAAUUUUCUAGUUAUGGUUUACAUCCAAAAAUAGAUUUAAAUUUAUAUUUACUAGACCUAUUAAAAAUACACUUUUCUAUAUUGUAAAAACAAAUG